AUAUUAUUAUUAUAUAUACGGACCGGAGGAAACCCCCGCGAGGUCCUGUACAGAUUCUCACGAUUGCGUAACAAUAGGGGAAGAGGACCGAAGACUGUUGUACGGCGGUACACGCCGUUAUACAUCGCGUGGACRACGCGACUCUCGGAUCCCCCGGACCAUAUGAUCGACAAAGAAACUGCGUAUCGCGCAACAGCUGAUCGACGACAGUUUUUAAACUAUGGACAGCMACGUUUGCGGAGAAACCGAAGAGCGAGCGUGAUGCCGAUCAAUGGCAACGCGUUGGCCAAAUACUUGGUCAUGGUAUCCCAAGUGGUCGCUUGGUGUACGGUUAGCGCGAUGCUGUUGCGGAGAGGCCUGAACCAGGUGAACGCUACCACAUCGCAGCAACCGCCGUCGUCAUCGUACGGCAGCAAACCGUACGGCGGUCCGGCCGCGGCGUUCGGCGACGGCAACGCGACAUCGACCGCGGCCACGGACACCGGCCACCAUCAGCACAGGGCGCCCGAGGUGGAAAAAUCGUUCGACGAAAACGGCGCGCCUGCCGUGGUGGCCGGCGUCGUGAUGAUCGCGAUCGCGGUCAUCAUGCUGAUCAUCAGCCCCACGAUCAUGGUGAUGAAAAUGAUCGAGAAACGCAAGAAGAGGAUCUUGGAGACGGUAAGCACAUGCAACAUGCGCGUUGAAACGAAAAACAAACGUAUAGGUAACUUMAUUUUAUCCGCAUCAGUACAUAACUCUAUUUAA